UGGUAAGAGAGACAGCGUGGUUAGGAAGAGUAACAGAGAGAGAAAGUGUGGGACAGAACGAGUGAACGAGCUGGAGACUCAUCCCGUACUGAGAUGGAGAGGCAGUAAGAACGCCGAGUUUGUCACCUGUGACGAUUCCUGCAUUUCCUUGUUUAUCCGUCUGAUGAAACUCAGGGGACAGGAAAAGAAAAGAAAGAGGAAAACAAAAAGAGAGACGGAGAAGCAGCGUCUCUGUUGUGAGGUCAAGUGCAAGUUAUGCUGCAGAACAUUUCUGAGGUGGACUCGAGCAUCACUGCUGAGUGGAGGAGGAGAAUACAAGAUACACGCGACGGUACUGCCAACAGAUCAGGUUCAGAAGUGUUGUCUGUGGUGAGCAGUUCUGGGAUCAGUAUGCUGGACUGGGACCAUGAUUCAGAUGAAUGGGAGAAGCAAUUGCAGCGUGAGCUACUGCUGAUCCAGAGACAGCAGCAGAUCCAGAAACAGCUUCUCAUCUCGGAGUUUCAGAAACAGCACCAGACUUUGCUGAGACAGCAUCAGGCUCAGCUUGAGGAACACAUUAAGCUCCAGGAGGCUCUGUUAACCCUUCGUCAGCAGCAGCAGGAGGUGUUCGCAGAGGAGCGUCGGCUGGUGGUUGAGGACGAGAGAGAGGAGGUGCGAGAUGAGGAGAAGGAGGCUCACAGGAGGGAGAUGCAGAAACAUCAGCAUCACAAGAGAAAGGAGAGAUCUAAAGAGAGUUCAACAGCGAGCACUGAAGUUCGACAGAAACUGCACGACUUUCUGAUGAGUAAAUCAGCUAAAGAUCCAUCUCUAACCAGUGCUGGUUUCCCUCUCAGCCGUUCCAAACUGUGGUACAGCUCUGCCCACCCGGGUCCAGCUGAACAGAGUUCCCCUCCGUUAGGAGAAACCCCUCCCACCUUCAAAUACCCUUUAACCUCUGGCCUGGACUACAGAGAGGACUUCCCUCUCAGGAAGACUGCGUCCGAACCCAAUCUAAAGGUGAGGUCCAGACUGAAGCAGAAGGUGUCUGAGAGGCGAAGCGCUCCCAUGCGCAGAAGAGAUGGAAGUGUGCUUGUCACACCACUGAAGAGACGAACACAUGAACUAACAGAUUCCUCAGCCAAUGAGAGCCCUGCAGGUUCUGGGCCGAGCUCACCCAUUGGCCAAUGUAACAAUGAGAACGGAGCCUCAUAUCGGUCCAGCACGACUCAAAUCCAGGGUGCCGUCCUGAAGACGGAUGGAUCCGUGUCCCUGCUGAAUCUAUACACAUCUCCCUCUCUACCCAACCUUACACUGGGCCUUCAUCCCGCUCACCCACACAUCUGUACGGGUACGGCGCUGAAGGAUCGAACCGCUGAAGGGCUCGCGGCCGCAGCUUUUCCAGCAUCACUGGAGUCUAAAGUGAGCAACGGUCAGCAAGCUCUUCUACAACAUCUUCUGCUAAAAGAGCAGAGACAGCAGAGGAUGAUGUUACCGGUCACAGGCAGUGUUUCUGCUCUCUCUCCGUCUCCGCUGGUGAUGAAAGAUCGUUCGGUCAUGAGCUCUCGUGCCAGGUUACCACGCCACCGGCCCCUGAACCGAACCCAGUCGGCACCGCUUCCUCAGAGCACACUGGCCCAACUGGUCCUUCAACAACAGCACCAAAACUUUGUGGAGAAACAGAAACAAUUUCACCAGCAGGUCCAAAUGAGUCAGGUUCUAUCUCAAUCUAUAGAGCAGUUAAGAAAUGGCAGCACCCUGGAGGAGGAAGAUGAAGAUGGCUCUUCGUCAAAACAGAGAGCACCGGAGGUGACGUCGCCUCCUGCUGGAGUCAUCCGGAGCAGCGCAUCACACAUAGAGCUCAAUGCUGGAGUGAUCAGACUGAAACAAGAGCCACAGGAAACACAGGAGGAAGGUGAAGAAAUGAGAGAGGACGAUCGAGGGAGAGACACAGGUGAAGAACAGGAGAAACACAGCGGUGAUGAACACUGUAUGCAAAACAUGACUGAAACUGAUGUUUGAUAGAAAGACGAAGAGAAAGGCAGAGAGAAAGUCAGAGAGAUGUCCAGGUCACAUUUAAUCUCAAAAGAUUAAAAUCAAGUACUGCAUAUUUCAUGUGAUUUAUGUGUUUGUCAUUGUUGCAAUAGUUUCAUGACAAAUAACAUCAAUAUUGUCAUUACCGUCAUGCACAUAAACCUCAUUCUCAUUUCUGUAAUGUAAAAAAAAAUAUAAUGUUUAAAUGAAGUAUUUAAACACCAUGGUAGCAGUGCUUUAAGUGGGCCGGAACGCGCCGGUACUCAGUACCGGCACUUCUAAAUAUAUCUCUUGAGCGUACCACCACCUCUCCGUGUGCCCAGAACGUGCUUUUGGCGUACCGGAACGCUCAUUUGCACAUCUGUUUAAUUUAAUCCUUUGGCUGCGCUGACAAUGUACGCUUCCUAAUUCGUCCCACCGAGAGCAGAGACUACAUUACCCAUACACCCUUGAGUUUACAAGUUAAAAGCGCAUGCGUCGCUUUUGCUGCUGUCAGUCAGGUGUGUGUUUGUGAAACGCGCAACCAUUGCUGCUCGGUUAAAAUUAAAAUACAACGAACACUUAAUAUGCCCUCCUUGUUUUAGACUCUGAGUAGUAAAAGAACAAGGUCAGAAUCAGAGGACUCGGUGCCUGACAUCCCACCAAGCCAGAAUGAUAUCACUGCAGGUCAGACGCAAAGCUUUAUCCAAUACCCUUUUGUAGGUACUGUACGUGAUAAUCUCCGCUGUCGCGGCUGUCAAUUUGGUUCCCCUCGACGCAACUUCGGAUUUUCUCAGGGGAUGUGCAGGGUAAAAACAUUCUUGAAAUUGUAAUAGACAUUUAGUUUAAUUGCUAAACUACAAGUGAACGAGAUUUCAAUGAAUUUGAAUGACACGCAAAGUAGUUUUACCACCCGCAAAAUGGAAAACGGUGGGACAAAAUAAAGUGAUAACUUUUUAGUUUCAAAUGGCCAGUAUUUUGUUCCUCUUGAACCCAUAGAUCAUGGUCUUGGUGUCAUUUUAAAGUUUUUUUUAAGCUCUUUCUAUCUGAACAACUAGUUUUAGCAUUUAACCAUGCUGAAAAUUUUACUCACAUAUCUUCCUUUUGCACAUUUUAUUUAUUUUCAAUAAUAGCUCUUUCUACAGUAGUUCUUUCUAGUAUUUUUUCAAAAUCCUUUUGCACAUUUUAUUUAUGUUCAGUAGCUCUUUCUAGCUCAAGCAAAUCCACAAACUUAUAAAAGGAUUUAUUAUUUUUUACAAUGUCGUCUGUUGACUGCUGAAUAUAAAACUUCUUCAAUAUAGGAUUCGAGUCAGCAAAAAAAAAUAAAAAACUAAAAAAAUUGAGUACCGGCACCUCUUUUGGCCCACUUAAAGCACUGCAUGGUAGUAUUUGUUGUAUUCAAUUAAUACUGAGCACAAAUCUUUGUAUUGCAAUACGUUUUACAGGAAAAGACAAAAAAAAAUACUGUAUUGUUUUAUUGAGAAUUCAAAAUGACUUUAAUGCAAUAAUGUUGAGAUCCAUAUGUUCAAAGGCAGUACAACAAAUACAACAAUGAUCAACAUGAUGUCACGGAAAGUCGUGUUAUAGUCACAAAAAAUGAUAGUUUUCAUGUCAUUCAGCAUGAAUUUCUAUUCAUCGCUUUUCAUGUCUGUGGCACGACUUUCUUUUUUCAUGUCAUUUUAUGUAUUAUUUUCUCAUUUUUUCCCCUAUUUUUAAAUCAUUGUCGCUUGGGGUUGGGGUUGGGGUUAGAUUUGGGAUUUGGGUUAGGAUGUACUUUUAUGUAUUGGUUUUUCCCAUAACUGUAAAAAAAGAUGGACGACACCUGUUCGCUCUCUUCCAUUGGUGAAAAGUGAAGCAACCAGUGUCCCGAUAUGGCGCUGACAUCUUGGGUCUUGAGUCUGCGCAAUAGCGAUUUCGGGACCAGUCAUGCGCAGUAGUGAGCAGGAAGUGAAGCCGCGAAAUCAAAACCCCGCCCUCGCUCUCGUAGAAUGCGCAUAUCACACGAUAUCACAGCUGUCAAUCAUGACGUGACACCACUGUUUUUAUUUCAUUAAAUAACUAACUAAACACAAACCUAUUUUAAAAACAAACAUUUGAAUUUACACAAGCGUGAUAAAAACUACAGUAAAUGACAGAAACCAGCUUCGGAAAAAAGAUAAUUGAAGUGUAAUUAAUUUUUUUAGUUGGUCUCAAGUCCCAUUGAAUAACAUGGGGAGGCGGGGUUUAUGACCUAUACUGGGACCAGUCACUGGGGGGCGAUCGAGACGUUUUGGCUUCACUUUUCAGGGCUUGUGCUUGUGGUUUUUACAUGUUUUUCUUCCGCUUUUAAAACUAUACUCGCCUGGAUUUGGGGUUAGAAUGAUGUCUAAAAAUGUAACAGAAAGUGAUUUUUAACCCCAAGCAACAAUGGUUAGAAAAUAGGAAAAAAUAAUGAGAAAACAAUACAUAAAAUGACACAAAAAAAGAAAGUUGUGCAACGGACACGAAAAACUAUUUAUAGAAAUUCAUGCGUGUGACACGAAAAAGCUACCCAGUCUCAAAAGGUUUCGUGAUAUUGUCACGUAAUUGCUUUGAUUCGUUUUUCGUGAUAUUAUCAUGAAUUCCUGUUUUCGUGUGAUUAUCACAUAUUGGUUACUCAACUGCUUUUUUCUUUUUUCAAACCAUUGUCGCUUCGGUUUAGGGUUAGAUUUGGUGCUUGCAUUAGACUGUCACUUUAUACAUUGGUUAAUACUAUUUUUUCGUAUUUUUUUAUAAGUCGCCUGGCGUUAGGGUUAGAGUUGGGUUUGGGUAUGGAUGUCAUUUUUGUAUAUCUAACCCUAAACUGAAGCGAUAAUGGUAAGAAAUGCGGAAAUUCAUGAUAAUAUCACAAAAAAUUAAUCAAAAAUGUACGUGACUAUAUCACAAAAUUUCGUGAGACUGGGCUGUGAAAAAGACAUUAGUGCUCAAGGCAAGAAAAAAAGCUACAUUUGAUGUGAAAUGUGGUGAGAGAGAGAGAGAGAGAGAGAGAGAGAGAGAGAGAGAGAGAGAGAGAGAGAGAGAGAGAGAGAGAGAGAGAGAGAGAGAGAGAGAGAGAGAGAGAGAGAGACAGAGAGACAGA